AGAUGGUCCAGGUCUCGAUUCAAGUGACCCGCUAUUCGCCACUCGGCAAUUUCGAUGUUCCCAGAAGCAGCCAUUGGUUUCCCCACACUACCAUUCCCUCUUCCUCAGUCUCAGCGAGGCACAAUUCGUGCCGUAGCCUCGUGAUUUAGCUUUGCCAUCGGGCACCUUCGAGGCCGAAGCGGAUUUUCGAAUGGCGUCGGGACCAGAGGACACAGGAAAGUCGCUGCUGCCGUUUCUGCAGCGCGCCGAUGAGCUGCAGAAGCACGACCCUCUCGUCGCCUACUACUGUCGGCUGUACGCGACGGAGAAGGGGCUGAAGCUGCCGAGCAAGGAGCGCAGCAGGGAGACCAACGACCUGCUGCUCUCAACGCUCGCACGCCUCGAGAAGGACAAGGCGGCGCUGCAGCUGAGCCCCGAGGACAGUCUGCACGUGGAGGGAUUCGCUCAGAGGGUCUUUGCUAAGGCGGACAAGCAGGACAGGGCGGGCCAGGCCGACAUCUCCACAGCCAAGACGUUCUAUGCUGCGGGGCUCUUCUUUGAUGUCAUGCGCCAGUUUGGGGAACUGCCACCCGAGGUGGAGCAAAGACAGCGCUACGCGGCGUGGAAGGCGGCUGACAUCCGCAGGGCGCUGGCAGACGGAAGGCAGCCCACACCUGGCCCACCUGCUGGUGACGCCGCUGAUGCCGCUGGCCUGCUCUCUGCGCCUGCUGCUGCUGCUGCCCCUCCCGCUGCCAGCGCUGCUGCCACGGACGGAGCUGGCAGUGGCAUGAAUUCUGGCGGAGCUGGUCCUGCAGGGCAGGGGGGUCAGUAUGACAUCCUUGGUCUGCCCCAGCCGCCCUCAGCCCAGCCUCUCCGCCCCGACCACAGCGGGGCAGCGCCAGGAGGGGCGACCGCAGGAGGAGGAGGGGCAGGGGGCGGUGGGUGGGCACAGGGGGGCGCACAGCAAGGGCCAGGUGUGGGGCGACCCCAUGGGAACAGCGCUGCCACAACAUCGUCCCUCGGCCCUGCAGGUGCAACUAUGAACGGUUCAGGUGCACCACGAGCAUCUGCUGCUGCUCCGCCACCCUUCUCUGCUCCGGUGCCCGCUGCACCACAGCCUGCUGACACUUCAAGUGCAGGCAUCAGCACGGGCAUGGGCAUGGGCGGGCAAGCACCCCCAGCGGGCAAGGUGGGUGAUGCACACCGCGCUGCGCGCUUCGCUGUGAGUGCGCUGGCAUUCGACGACGUCCCCGCUGCUGUGGACUACCUCAAGCAGGCACUGCGGUUGCUGGAUGAGGCCUAGCAAGCGUAUUGGAACAUUACAGGCAUCGGAGUGAAAGUAUAAGUUGAAAAGGUAUAAGUUUGCAACGUGGCAGUAGUGCUUUGUACAUUUGGUUUGCGCAAGGUCCUUCCUUGCGCCUUGAUAGCCCGCGGAAGUGGUUUUCUCUUGAAACACGCACCAUUGUAAAUUCCGUAAGAGUUUAUGCAUUGCAUAGUGGAGGCGUGCGCUCCACACUAGAUUUUCGG